AAAGCUUUCACAGCGCACGCGCCUUCCGAAAGCGUUAGAGAAAAUGGCAGACGUUUCUUUGGAUGAAGUGAUACGACGGCGCGGUAUUAAUCUCAAAGCUCCGGCUAAACGGCCCGUGUUUGGACGGACAAUUGGAGGAGAUGGUAAAAGUUUUGACGCCAGACAAAAAAUUGGGAAUAACGACGUAAGACAGCGACUUGGGGGAGGGACAGGUUUUCCAGUGAAAGAUGCCAGAGAGAAACUGGUUCAGAAGGAUGCUCGCUUCAAAAUCCGUGGCACGGUUGGAGCAGGAGCGGUGCAGGAUGCUCGACAGAUGAUCAACUCACGCAAACAGGGGCAGAGUCAGUUAGGUCCCCUUGCACAGACAACACUAAAGACAGCAAUAGCUAGCCAGCUGCAGAGCAAAGCUCUUGUGCCGCAGAUCCAAAUACAUGCCAGCAAUAACCUUGCUGGAGUGAUCACUAGGCAGUUUGCUUCAAGUGGACAAGGACUGGGUGCAAGGGGGAGUGUGACACCACAGCUGAGCAAUAAUGUCAGAAUGAUGGAUGCUCGUGAUAGACUGAGCCUCAAGAGGAGCAUUGGAGGUACGCAGGCUCAUGCAGCAGCUGCUGCACCCCCGCUUAAAAUUACCAAGACCAUACAGUCUGGUGCAGUUGGCUCCACAUUCUCUAUGUCAGCCCCGAUCACCAAGGUUGUUAAAAACGACGCCUACACUGCCCCCCGUCCUCCUGUCCCCGUGGCUCCUACCCGGCCCAACACCAGUAUGGCUGCAGCCCGCUCCUCGGCUGCGGCGUUACAACCCAUCUCCAGGACUCUUCAGCAAAGCACAACAGAAGCCAGGACACCAGCCCCCACCCCUCCACAGCCUACUUUCAGCCCGUUGGAGGGGACUAAAAUAACGGUGAACAACCUGCACCCCCGGGUCACAGAGGAGGACAUAGUGGAGCUGUUCUGCGUUUGCGGUGCCUUGAAGCGAGCACGGCUGGUGAAAGUGGGCGUAGCCGAAGUGGUGUUUGUCCGCAAAGAGGACGCCGUGAGCGCAUACAGGAAGUACAACAACCGCUGCCUGGACGUUCUCAGCUUAAAGUUUACCUCAGACAGCGUUGCGCAGCAUUUUCUGUACGUGAAAGAACACAGAGUACGGGCAGAGAAGAGCUCGCGCAGACCGCUGGACCGGACUUUAUUUGUCCUCAACAUCCCCCCGUACUGCUCAGAGGGUGUUGUCAAAGAUUUAUUUUCCCAGUUUGGCAGCGUUGACUCGGUUGAGUUGAGAGACCACCCCGGCUCUUUUCAGGAUGAUGGACCUAGACUGUCCAGGCUCUUCAGACCAGCUGAGAAAAAGGGUUUCAAAGUCGGCUACGUUGUUUUCCAAAACUCCUCUAGUUUGCCAGCGGUUAAAUCCCACCCACAUGAGGCUCCUUUAGUGGUCUGCACGGAGCAGCGUCCAGUUGCAACAGGAGUACAGAAAUGGAUCCAGCAGUACACGGAGUGCUUCAUCCAACCGGAGAAAAUACAGCAAGUGGUCGACUCUUUUAUGCAGGACUACGACAAGCGUAAAGAAGAGGAAGCAGAGCAGCAGAAGCAGGAGGCUGAGAAGCAGCAGGAGGAGGAGGAGGGCUGGGUCAAAGUCACAAGAGGGCACAAGGGGGCCAAGGCGCGUCCUCACAGUGAGGCCGCCGACAAGAAAACCCUGAGGAAGGAAAUGAAGAAGAAGAAGAGGAAGGAGUUGAUGAAUUUCUACACUUGGCAGCACAGGAACACACAGAAAGAACAUAUUGCUGAUCUGAGGAAAAAGUUUGAGGAGGAUAAGCAGAAAAUAGCUCUAUUGAGGGCACAGAGGAAGUUCAGACCAUACUGAGUCUGCUACCUGCUCCUUUCUCUGCUCUUCCACUGCCUCUGUGUGUUUUACUGACAUUUAAGCCUUGGUGAUUGUUUUUUUUUGUUAAACUACCAUUUUGAUUAUGAAAUAUCAAAAUGUGAAUGGCUCUGGGAAAUUGAAUUUCCUCUUGUGUUUUUGCCACCAAUAAAAAUACUAACGACUGCAGAUGGAUUACAAUUGUAUCUUCUUACAGCAAUUUAAAAAAAAAAUCUUUAGAAAAAUUUGAUUCUGUGGCUUCGACCUUUGGCAACAUCUUGAUUCCUUUCUUUUGCAGUCAUCCUUCUGUGUUUAGGACCAUUGUCAGUUUCAACCAUGCUUAAGCUGUUGGACAGAUUCCAGUCCUGCUGCUGAACAAACAUUCCAAAUCAUCAGCCUUCCACCACAAAGCUUAAUAGUUGCUAUAAGGCCCAUGUGCUCCUAAGGUGCUCCCAUGCAUCUGUCGAAAGGGAAUUGUUCCAGAACUCUUAGUUUGGUCAGCUGUGACUGUUUAAAUCAAAGCAGCUCCUUUUAGAGAGAAUAGGUUUCUUUUUCAAGCGUACCAAAUAAGCCAUACUUGUUCGGUCCAUUUGCUGUUCAUAUUUUAUUGAAUACUGAUAUCUUCAUCCUAAUGCUAUUUAGCUGAACCCAAAAUAUAAAUAAUGUAAUGCACAUUAAUUGUGAUUCAAUAAGUGUUU